AUGUCCUUCUUCAAUCCGCAACCUACCCCUCCUUUUAAUCAACAAUCAAAUAUUUUAGAUAGUAGUGGUGGUUCUCAAUUUCCUCCACCUCUUAAACAACAAUCAUCCCUCAAUAACUUAAUGUAUCAACAACCUGCAAAUACUCAGCAACAACAAUGGAAUAAUCAAAAUUCUGAAAUGUUUUAUAGUAAUUCUCUAAAUUCAAUGAUUAAUAAUAAUUUGAAUGAUCAACAGUUUGUUCCAGUAACUGCCAUGCCUAAUUCAUCAAAUAAUUUCAAUAACAAAAAUGUUCCGAGUGUAGCCCAAAGUUUUGAUUUUUCAGUGGAGAAAAAGAGAUCAAAGAGUGUCAGUUUUGGACGAUCAAGUCCACUAUUAUCGGAUGAAGAACCAAUAGUCAACACAAAUGAAACACAAACAGCCAAGCCAAUUCCUCAAGUAGUUGAACAUACCAAAACUGUUUCAUUCUUCGAGUCACCUAUUUAUUCCACUAUGGCAGAGGAUGAUAUGAGAGACGAUGCAUUUCCUGCUAUUACUUUUGAUAUUCCUGUACGUUCUGGAGAAACGAGAGAUUUUUCAAAUGUUUUUGAAAGAUGGCAAAAUAUGGGAUUGGGAAGUAAUGAUAUGCGUCAUUCGUUUGUUGCCACAACAUCGAGCCACAACUUUGGAUUUGAGGAUGAUUUUGGUACAUCCAACAAACCAACUGAAUCAAUCCUUAACAAGGGUACUGCCAAUACUACUGUAAUAUAUCCAAAUCCAAAUGCACCAACACCAUCAGAGCUACAAAGUGAUACCAGAUCAGAAUUGUACAAUCCAAAUGCCAUACCAACUCCAAUAAGUGCUAAUGAUGAUCAAGAUGAUGAGGAUGAGUCAGAGGAAAACCAACAGGAAUCAUUUGAUAUGAUACAAUUAGGACUAUUGGAUCCAAAAGAGUUAAAAAUUCUAUGUGAAAAUAUUUCUUCCAUGCUCAACAUUCUGUACAAGUAUCUGGGAACAAUACCAACUGAAUGUUCACUGGUUUUACUUGAAAAACAUUGUGAAUCAAACCUUAAAGAUUUGAGCAAAAUAACAAACAAGCAUUCUGUUGAGACCUUGAUAUCACUACUCAUUUCCAGGUUAGAUCUUCACAAAAAUAAGGGAUCCCUUUCAAAGUUGACAUCUGUAGAUUUUCUUGAACAACAAGUUAGAGAAAUUGCUAGGACAAGUUUAAUCAAUCUCAGAGAAGAUAUGGAAGGAUUUCAGAGAAGCAAAAGAUCAUCAACACCAAACGAUUCAAGUGAUGAGGUUAGUGUUGCUUCUAAUAACGAGCCAGAACUUCCAAAUAUACCAAGAAAAAUGGUGGAGAAGAAGAAAUUAAUAGACAAGUUACUGAAACAAAUCAGCAGUAUUAACACACCACUCAAUGAUAAUGGAGAUACUAUCGUACAUGCAUGUUGUUGGUAUGGAUUGAAAUCUGUUCUGGAAUAUGCACACAAGGUUAAAGGAGCCCUUUUAUCUAUCAGAAACAAGGAUGGAAAACUUCCAUUAGAAUACGCCAUCAAUCAACACAGAAUUUCAUCUACAGUCUACUUGAUUGGUAAUUCUAUUGGCCAUUCACUCCAUUUAUUUGCAGAUGGAAGACUGAGAGAAACCUUUAACAGAGAUUUAAUUUUGGAAGGAAAGAAAAAGAACCUUACAAAAGCUCUUCGCCAAUGCAUUUCUUCAUCCUCAAGGGUUAAACCAAAUGUAAAGGAUGAGUAUGGUAUGACACCUCUUCAUUACUCUGUUCUACUGAGGUAUGAUUCAACUAUCAAAAAACUAUUACAAAUGUCCAAUAUACGAGUGAAUGAAAGAGAUAAGCUCAAGAGAACAUGUCUUCAUCUUGCUGCUAUUUCCAAUAAUACUGAGGUGAUAGAUAUGCUUUGUAAACGUGUUGAUAUUGAUAGAUUGGCCAGAGAUGAUAUCGGAGAUUCAUUCCUUCAUACAUACAUUAGAUAUAUCUAUGCUGAAGAAAAUGGACCAAAAUAUGAAAAUCCAAUUUUAGUAAUGAACAAAAUUCAAUCCCAAUUCAAGUGGUUCAGAAGCCCUAUUGUUGAUUGUGGGUUAAUUCUUGCUCAUGCCGGUUGUUUAGAAAAACUCAAUCAUUAUCACGACUUUGUGAUUUCAUGUUGGAAUCAAAUUGUAAAAUAUGGAUUAUCAGAUAGUUAUAUUAUUGUAGAAAACAGUUUAUUGGAGGGAAUUGUUGACCCAGAAGUUGUAAAAACAGCAAUUAUUACAUCAUUUAAACAAUUCAUCAUUCCACCAAAGAGAAAUGACAAACGUCCGCUCAGACUUCAACUUGUGAAUGUUGUCCAUCAACAAGAGAAACAAAAGAAAGGAUUAUUCAGCUUUGGAAGAGAAACCAAAUCAUUAUUGGGAAUGAAAAAUAAGGAACAACCACCUGUCAACACACAACCACCACAAAAUACUCCUCCUCAAGUCACUCAACAAAUUAUUGAUGUUAUGAGCAAAAAGAUUUAUAAUUUCUCCAUGAUUGACUUUAAGGAUUUACAAUAUCUUUUCACAGACAAUCAAACUCACCCACAAGAUUCUUACAUUUCAUGGAUGGUCAACAAUCAAAAACAAACUCCACUAUCAUUGGCAAUAGUAUUAAUUAGAGCUCUUGUUAAGGAAAAGAAAGUUCAAGCCAAAUCAAUUGUUACAUUACCAAUCAGAGCUUUUAAAAUUUAA